CCUUCCGCCACCACCAUGAAAAGCAAAGCGGGACGACGGGCGCUGGACGGCGAGGACGGGUUCGCGAUGAUCGACACGAUCCGGGCGACGCACCAGUCGCAGCUGGACAUCAUCGACAAUCUGCGGGCGGAGGUGCACAUCCUCCGCGGGGCUCGUGACGCCCUGCACGCGGAGCUCGGGGAGGUGCGAGACGCCCUGGCCGAGGAGGUGAAUGCGAAGCUUGCGCACCACCAUGAAAACACGCAGCUCAGGGAGGCGCUCGGCACGAUGCGGCAAAUGCACCAUGCCGAUCUGACAGCGGCACAGGAGCAGUAUGAACACGCGCUCGCGGCGAAGGAGGAGGAGCACCGCUUUGCGCUGGAGUGGGCGGAACAGCAACAUUCGCAGGAGUUCGCCGCGGCCGACGAGGAUCACGAGGAGGCGCUGGAGGCCGCGGAUCAGCGCUACGAGCGGGAGAGGGCGGCGCAUGAGGAGACUAUUGCGGAGUUGGAGACCCUCCAGGAGCGCGAGGAUGCCGUGCAGCAAAGCGAGGACGAUCUGGAGGCGGUCAUGGGCGCGCUGAAGCGGAGCCAGGAGUCGAUUACACAAAUCCGACAGAAGCGUCGUCAGACUGACGGCUCGGGUGGCGGGGAUCAGAAGCGCAUGAAAACAGAAGGCGCAUGA